AUGCAAGACUAUGAAGCUCUGCGCGAGUUGCGCUGGUGCGGAGCGGAGCUACACCGCGUCGCCGGUGCCCAGCUGGUGUCUCAGAGCACUGCUCUCGAGCGCACCAGUACUCUUGUAAGAAGCCUGCUUGAAAAGAAGGACUUUAUGGAGGAGAACUGGAAAGAGGUGCUGCAUCUGCAAUCACAGUGGUUCUGCUGUUUGCAGACCCUGGUGCAGCGCUCAGUACAAGCGGAAAAGCCAACGUCAAAGCCCAGCUGUGCGGUAGUCGGAGCGCUCGAAGCGUCACUGCAACGGAUAGCGCCAGUGGUUGUUCGAUUGGGCACGGAGCAGGAUAUGGCGCUCGUUUUCAGCAUCGCAGGCGGUCUCUGUGCUUUAGAACUGCUGAGCUGGUCCCAGUGCUGGCACGUCCUCGUGCGUCAACUUUUGGACAGCAGCAUCGAUGACGCAGCACGUUGGCAAACCGUCCUGGUGCAGGGGUGUGCCGCAGCGUUUUGCGACCUGCGUUUGCAUACGCUCCACGCAGUAGCGCACCUGCUACGUGAAUCGAGUUCGGUAUACUCGACGCCUGCACCCGGGGCUGCGCUUGACUUGGCGGCGCGUGCGGAGAAUGCAUGGCGGUUCGUUUUGAAGCCCAUUGGGCGACUACUCACCAAGGAUGUGGCAAAGCAGCACCAGCAGCUGCUCAGUGAGGUCUUGCGGCGAGUCACGACGCCAUCGCAACGCGGAGACCGGCAGCAGCGACUACUGAAAGCAUCCCGAAAGGCAUUCACGGAUGCGAUGCUGGCGCUGCUGUCGACCGGUGAACACGGAAUCGAUUUGUCUGCACCCGUCCUCCUCGAUGUUUUCGGAGAGCUUGUAGACAACCUCCUGCCGAACCAUUGUAUCGCAGAGCCGCUCCGACUGGGUGACUUUCUCGCGGAGACUUUUCGCGAGGCGAUUGCCGGUCGUUCUGUGUAUGGGAUCGCAGCACUGGAGCCGCUGCUGUUUCUCAUGCGCCACGAUGGCCUCGAGUACGAACACAUAUAUGAGCAAGUGUAUUCCAAGCUGGACGUACACACGCUCCUGCGACUGAACGCAUGUGAGUCGGCCACAAGGGGGCGAGUGCUGCGCGCUGUCACGCAGCUAUUGACGUCUAGCCACCUUCCGCAUGCACUCAUCAGCGCCUAUACGAAGCGCCUUGCCCGGAUAGCGCUGCAGAGCUGGGAUGCAACACUGACGCUGUGGGCGCUUCGCUUGACGCUCGAACUCGUGCAUCGCCAUACGAGUGCGCGUCUGCUGCUCGAGUCGUGGUUCAAGCGACAGCAACCCGACAGGGAGCCUGUCAUCGAAAGCAGCUGCUCGGACUCGACACCACGUCGUCGGGAUCAGAGCGAGGCCUCGUUUGAGGCAUCAGGGACCGGUGUGGUGCGUUCGACUCCCACGAAACGCCUUGCAUAUGGAUUCGUGUUUUGGGAGCGAUCCAGCGGUCAACGAGCCGGAGAUGAGUGCGCUAGUUCGACGCCCGGGCUGACGAACGACCCGUUUUUGGCCGAUGAGCCAGAUCCGCGUCGCUCCAACGCCUCUGCGAGUUUCCUCUGGGAAGUGGGUAUGCUCUCUGAGCACUUUGUUUCCAGUGUUCGACAACUCGCCGCUUUGUUCGAGGACCCGGAAAAGGCGAUCAGUCGGGCGGGUCCGCUGGACGCCUGGUGUGAUGCCUCACUUCGGGACCUUAUCGAGUUGGAGUUACGCCGCUCCCAACAUUUGGUGCGGAACAAGCCGAUCGCGUUUGAGGCACCCAGGGACGACGACAUCGUCGGAGACUCUGGAUCAAAGGUAGAAGCUCAAUUUACAGCGCAUGCUGCGAAUGCAAAAGUCAUAUUUGGUGAAUAUUCAUAG